CGUGACGUCAUCACCUCGCGUCAUCUGUGAUUAGCAGAAGGGCUACGCAGCAGAGAGAAGCUAACUUCGGUUCUACGGGGCUUUACCUGGCGGUUUCUCACCUGGAACACGGAGACUUCAGGCGUCUCCGUCACCAUGACGGACAACAAGCGUCUCGCCUUCUCCAUCAUCCAUUUCCUCCAUGACCAGCUCCGGUCGGGGAGUCUGACCCCGGAUGCUCAGGAAAGCCUGGAAGUUGCCGUCCAGUGUUUGGAGACGGCGUUUGAAGUUUCCACUGAUGACCAGAGUCUCGCCGUCCCUGUGACGUUACCAGAGAUGUUCGCCGCCGCCACAGCCAAGUUUCCAGCCCCACCACAGUCCAACGCCGACCCUGAGCCCAGUUCUCCGACAGAAGAGCAGAGGGCCGAGGCGGAGAGGUUGAAAAGUGACGGUAACGACCACAUGAAGGUGGAGAACUUCGCUGCAGCCGUCGAGUUUUACUCCAAGGCCAUCGCCCUGAACCCCCAGAACGCCGUCUACUACUGCAACAGAGCGGCUGCCUACAGCAAAUUGGGGAACUACGCCGGCGCCGUGCAGGACUGUGAACGGGCCAUCAGCAUCGACCCGAACUACAGCAAAGCCUACGGACGGAUGGGUCUGGCUCUGUCCAGCCUCAACAAACAUGCAGAAGCCGUCGGUUUCUAUAAGAAAGCUCUGGAGCUCGACCCGGACAACGACACGUACAAAACCAACCUGAAGAUCGCUGAGGAGAAGAUGGAGACGUCCAGUCCGUCUGCAGGUUUGGGAGGAAUCGACUUGGCCGGUUUGCUCAGUAACCCCGGCUUCAUGAACAUGGCGUCCACUCUGAUGAACAAUCCUCAGGUUCAGCAGAUGAUGUCAGGAAUGAUGUCUGGAGCGUACGGUGGGAUGGGAGGAGGAGGGGGAGCGGGUGGAGGAGGAUUGGGAGGAGGAGGAUUGGGAGGAGGAGGACUGGGAGGAGGUGCAGCCCCAGCACCACCCCCUCCCCCAGGACCUCAAGGACCUGGAGACCUCUCAGGACUGAUCCAGGCAGGUCAGCAGUUCGCGCAGCAGAUGCAGCAGCAGAACCCUGAACUCAUCGAACAGCUGAGGAGUCAGAUCCGCAACCGCACGCCCAGCGCCGGCAACGAGGAGCAGCAGUGACGCACGUGGACCGUCAGAGGAGGAGGCGUCUGAGCUUUUCGCCCGUUCGGAUGUAGAUUGUUUAAUCCCAGGAGUCCUCGGAGGGUUCGUCUGCAUGAGAGCAGCGAGGCGCCGCUUCCCGUGUCUCCGUGCGCUUCUCCCGAGGAGCUCCGAAACAAACAGGAACUUCUGCACACUUGAAAUGUUUCCUCUAAAAACAACGCGGUGUAACUUAAAAAAAAAAACGUGUUUUGUUCCGGUGAACCCGAGGCUGUGUGUGAACGAGUGUCAUUCGGUGAAAAUGAACUUUAGAAACUCUUCGGCCACGUGGAGCUGCUGGGAAGCAGCCGAAGGAACGGUUCGAUUAAAAACAGCUUC